CGUUACUCGUACGAUUAGUACACGACUUGUGCCUGAACUGGAGGUCGGCCAAAUCCGCUGUCACAAAUAAACCGGCGUCCGACAGCUAGCACGCCACUGCCACUGCCACUGCCAGACAAAAGUCUGCUUGUCUCGGCCAAUCAGUGGGGAGAGGACGGACAGCGCCCUCAAGGCCGUCGCGCGCACCGCGUCACACGCUGACGAAACACUGUGCGUGACACUGCGUGCCGCACGAUCCUUCCACACAGUCGGGUUCGAACCUUUGCAAAGACGCGCUUGCUACAAGCUAGCGACGGAACAUACUUCGAACAGAGUCAACUAUUUCUUGUCUCUGAUCAACCCGACUAUAGGUUCGCCCUCAAACAUUUAAUUUCUAUUUUUGUGCAACAUUUGUAUGACAGAAACACCCGGACAGGUGUUGCAAUUCGAACGCAAACAAUACUGGAAUCUUACUUUGUUACAAAACUGCUAAAAAAAACUGAAAGUUUUAAAAUCUCCAGGUACCCUUGAAGUUUCCGUGUUCAUUCAAGCGAGGCAGGAGCUAUCCGGAGAGUUCCUCCCCCAACAAAUUGAAGGAGUCAGCCGACCGUCCCUCAGCUUCGGCGUCUGUUUGAAAACCUUUUAGUUACUGCCCUUGACUCCGACAAUGGCGGUUUUGCAGAGAACGGGGAUGGGACUGGCAUUGUUAAGGCACAAGGCAUUUCAUUGUGGUCAACACCAGUCCUGUGCAGCUGCUUCAACUUUAAAUUUUCAAGACUUGGAAGUGAUCCUAACUAAAACACCACAGCCCAAGCCAAAAGAUAAUGAACUUUUGUUUGGCCAUGCUUUCACUGACCAUAUGUUGACCAUAGACUGGUCAGCCAAAAGAGGAUGGGACAAGCCAUGUAUACAUCCUGUACAAGAGCUACGUAUUCACCCUGCAGCUAAAGUCCUACACUAUGCAACUGAGUUAUUUGAAGGGAUGAAAGGCUAUAGGUGUGUAGAUGGCAAAAUCCGACUGUUCCGGCCAAUGGAGAACAUGAAACGCAUGCGCAGAACUGCAGAGCGAGCAGCUCUCCCUGAUUUUGAUGGAGGAGAACUGUUACGGCUCAUAAAGAAACUGAUCACUGUUGACAGUGACUGGGUGCCAAGGUCAGAGAAAUGCUCUCUCUACAUACGACCCACCUACAUUGCCACGGAGCCAGCCCUUGGUGUGAGCAAGUCAACAGAGGCCAAAUUGUUUGUUUUGCUGUCGCCGGUUGGCCCUUACUUCCACACAGGAUUCAAACCAGUCACCUUGCUGGCUGACCCCAGAUUUGUGCGUGCUUGGCCUGGUAGCUGUGGGCCAUUCAAGAUGGGGGCGAACUAUGCCCCCACCAUUCAGGUUCAGGACCAUGCCAUGCGUGAAAUGGGCUGCCAGCAGGUUUUGUGGCUCUUUGGUGAUGACCAUAAGCUGACUGAAGUGGGAACAAUGAACCUGUUUAUGUACUGGAUCAACGAUCAAGGAGAAGAAGAAUUGGUAACACCACCACUCCAUGGGUUGAUUCUGCCUGGAGUAACACGCAAAUCUCUUCUGGAACUUUCUCAUCAGUGGAAUGAAUUCAAAGUGGCAGAGAGAGACAUCACAAUGAAGGAAGUAAUCAGAGGCCUGAAAGAAAACAGGGUGAUGGAAAUGUUUGGAGCAGGCACAGCCUGUGUUGUUUGCCCAAUAGAGAAGAUUCUUUACCAGGGUCAGAUACUUGAGAUUCCAACAAUGACAAAGGCAAAACUUACAAACCGAUUCUUCAACCACCUCACAGACAUCCAGUAUGGUCGCAUACCCCAUUCAUGGAUGGAGCUAGUGAGUGAAGAUACAGAGGUUGUUGCUAAUGUCACAGCUUCACGUAUGUAUUAAACCAGGGAUCUUCUCUUUAGUUUGUAAAGGACUUUGCACAAAAAUGCAGGUUUCAGUUCUACUGUGCAUGUUACCUGAAAUAGAGGGAUCGGACUCUGAUAUUGAGGUCUCGUAAGGAGCUUUAUUUUUCCAAAAUGUCUCAGCUGUGGGUUUUACACUGUGAAAAUUUUAAACCAACUGAAUUUUGCACAAAACAAUUUAGUGGUAAUUUUGGUGAUAUUUCCAAAGGCUAUUUAAUUAGUUUUAUGAUUGAAGUAAAAUACACUGUACAAAUUUUACUUCUAGUACAACACAAGUCAUGCUGAAGGAGGUUAUUUCAGUUUUGCAAUGGCAUUAUUACAGUUUUUUUUGUUUGUUUUUUUAACACACAGACAUUUUCCAUAUCAAAGCAUGUAGUAACUAUAUUGAAACUCAGUUACUGUGUGUAACAGUUUCCUUGGCUACACCUUUAUUAUCCAAUUUAUUUAACUUUUCAUCAUGACAUACUCUCCAAAUUAAGAAUGCCAGAGUUUUGAUAAUCCCGUGUGGCGGUUUAGUGACAUUUGACAGCAUGGUGGUCUAUGUAUAGAUGUGUAUACUAUAGACUAUAUAUGUGUAUACUAUAGACCUGUGAGGUCUUAGUUGUGAUUUUAAGUAAAUUAUCAUUGCUUGGACUUAAUUUGGAAUGUCAUUAUAAGCCCAGCUUAACAUUUGAUUUGCUUUUCCCUUUAAAUUACUUACACAAACAUAAACUAAUUUGUUUAUAAUCAUCACCUCCAAAAUGACUAACUUGUGUUCAGCUAGCAAGUAAUGAAUUUCAUAAUGUACUGAUCUCUUUGUGUUCUUUACAGACAUGAAAGAAAGGCUUCUAAUUUUUUUCUGUUAGAAACGGUUAGUAAUUAAAAUUAAAAGCUUGGCAUAGUCUUGUGUUAUGUUUGCAUUGAUGUCACUCGCUUGUUUGGGUAACAAACGUGAUAUUUUUGGUUGCCUUGUUUUAUCUGCAACUGUUAUUCACAGCGUGAUUUUGGUGAGUUCAUUUUUGUCAAUUUUUUUUUUUUGUCCUGUUUUAAAUGCAGUUUCAGCUGUUUCAAUGGGUUUUGAAGAAUCUCAAUAUAUGAGAUUAAUUUGUGAAACCUGUCCAAAUUGUGGUGAGCAUUUAUAUUGAACUGAAAAUAUUUUCCUCCAGGAUUCAGAACUCAUAAAUAGCAUACAAUAAAAUGUCGUAGUUUUUAUUUUUUUAAGAUUCUAUUUCAGAUCAGUUGACUUGGUUUGAUUAGUAUUACCUUUUAAUCCCAUCAAAACAUAUUCACAUUGCAUAUCCGUUUCUGCUGGUCCUUCACUAUGCUAACUCAUUGAAGUCGGGUUAGCGUCUCAGAUACAUUUUGGGGCACAUCCUUUUUUUUCUGAAGAGUUUUUGUACUAUGAACAAGAUGAAGUACCAUAUGUAUCAUUUUAUUUUUCAUGUAUAAUGUACAAGUUGUUCAGGAUUUUCUUCUGUGAUAUUAUACAGGAUAAUGUUUUACAUCUUGCUGGUGCACUCCAUAUGACUCAAAAUCUGAUUCUUUUCCCUCAAGACUCUUUGUCAGGCAGAUUUUAUUAGUGAUGGAAAGUCUGCACUUAUAAUAACUGCUUAAGGAACUAAUGGUCACCAUUGCAGUUGUUUUAAAUUCCAUAGGUGAUUAUUUUUGCUGUUGCACACUGCAAACAAGAGCACAAAACCUGUAUUUGUAGUGAGUGUCAUUGCUGUAUAACCAUUGAACAUUUUUAGAGACAUUGUGAAACAGUCUUCCUUCUAUGACUUUUAGGGCAGCUGUAAGGCAUCUGACAAUAUAUCCAAGGUGAAAACACCUUGUGAGAAAGGACUGCUGCCAGAUUUCCAAAUUGUCAUGGUUUUGUAAUGUGCUUAAUAGGUGUCUCACACAUACUCGAUGAAUUGUGAUGCAUCAGAAACCUCAAGAAAGCCCAUGUAUGUCAGAACUGUUUUUUGCUGACACUAAGCAUUCAUUGGUUCAUUAAAGUAUUGGAUUUACAUAUUUUGAUGGAUAGAAAAUGUAUGUAUACAUUUCUAGACCCUUACAAUUUAUUCUUGUUCAUUUGCAAGCUUGAAAAUAGUAAUGACCUUAGACACUGUUUUUGUUCAUGUUUGAGUUCCAUUUGAUUGCAUUUAAUGAUUUUGCAGCAGACUGACAUUUGCUGGAAGUUUCCUUUUUUUCAUUUUGUAAGCAUUGUUUCAAUACUGAAAGAUCUGAAAAUUGCUCUGAUAAUUUAAGUAGAAAACGUCAGUCUUGUAAAAUGUGGCUGUAAAUCUCAUAUUUAUCAUUUGCUGACAUUAGUUGCAUUUCUUGAAAUAACUUGUUAGACUUAAAAUCUGACAGCAUAAAAGAAAUGCAUUUGAUAUAACUGAAGAUGUUACUAAGUGUACUAAAUGAUACAUUGAAUAUGUUGGCAUAAUUAUGCAAUCAGAAUGCUAUACACUUAUGACAUCAAGAUCUGUUGAGUAACAAUCUAGCAUAAGCAGUUAAUGGGGAGACUAUUUCUGAACACAUGCUUGUUCUGAACUAUUGCCAUGUCAUUUUAUAGAGAUGUGAAAUGACCAAAAUGAUCAAACAAUUAUUAUAAGAUCUGAAGUAAACAAUUUAAAAAUUGAUGAAAUACACUUAUUGGUGGAUGAGUAAACAUUUUUAAGAAUUUGUUCUCACCAGCUUCACACAAUAUGAUAUGAAGAUUAUAAGUAGAUAGACUAGAUAACAUGAGUACUAGCUGUUUGUCUUUCUCCUAGCACAAUUGCUGGUUUGGCCGGUGUACACUAUGGUAUGUGCUAAUUCUAUUCUCAGUCUUUUGAAAUAAAAAUUUCUAUUAAGGAGUU